CAAAAGAAUGAUUCGCUCGCGAGUCGGACAUGGCUGGUACAGCGGGAAGGAGCUACAGACAUGAGAACUCAGUGGCUAACGUGUCAGUUAGCUAACGCGGUGCCUGCAGUUGUAAACAAACUCCUGUAGCUUUAAUCAGUGUUACAGCCCGUUAAUAAACACGGAUAGCUGUGUUUAUUAACACUUCACAUGAGGGGACAGGUUAGGAAACUGACCGCUAAAUAACAGAUACUCGGUCAGCUCGGCCGCCCUCAACUCACCCUCAGAAGUGACCAGUGACCAGUGACCACACUCGGGGCUCCUCUGUCUGAUGUCGAGAUUCCUGCUUCCAGAUCUUCACCAGCUCUGUUUGUGAGAGAAGAGCAUGGCAGGCCUCUGGAGGUCUUACCAGGUGUUAAUGGCCAAACGUCCAUGGACUGUGCAAAUCAUAACAGCUGGCUCUCUGGUAGGGGUAGGUGAUGUUAUUUCCCAGCAGCUGAUUGAACGGCGUGGCUUGGCCAACCACAGCAUGAGACGCACCGCAAAGAUGAUGAGCAUUGGCUUCUUUUUCGUCGGACCAGUUGUUGGUGGAUGGUACAAGGUACUGGACAGAAUUGUCACUGGGGGGACCAAAAGUGCUGCCCUGAAGAAAAUGCUGGUUGACCAGGUUUGCUUCGCUCCAUGUUUUCUCGGCACCUUCCUAGGAAUCUCUGGAACUCUCAACGGGCUGAGUGUGGAAGAGAACGUAGCUAAGCUCAAGAGGGACUAUAUGGACGCCUUGAUCUCCAAUUAUUAUCUGUGGCCAGCUGUUCAGAUUGCCAAUUUUUAUUUCAUCCCACUUCACCACAGGUUAGCCGUUGUCCAGAUUGUUGCUGUGGUCUGGAAUUCCUACCUUUCCUGGAAGGCCAAUAAGUUAUAGUGACACUUCCCAUAGUCCCUCUCCUUAUAUCAGUAAAGUAGGACUCUGUUGGAAUUUGACAUAAUUGAUCAUGAUAAACUUUAGAACAGAACCUCAUUGUGUAAAAAGAGGAUAUUAUAGUUUACACACUCACGAGCUGUGAAUACACAGAUAUAAUUCAUUGCUUUCUGGUUAUUUUUUUUUAUAACCUGAGUAAUUGUGAUGCAAUAUUUUAAUUAAAUGAUCGUUAAACUCUUUAUACAAAGAUUACACAUUUUUGUACACCUGAUAUUGAUGUAAAGAGUUCUUUACUAAGCUACUAUGACUUUGUCCUUUUUUAAUACAGACUUGGAGAAAAGCCACUUGAACAAACAUUUACAGUGUACUUUGUUUGUGGUAACUGAUUUUUUACACCACCGUUCCAGUAUUAUUUGAAUACCAGCCAAGUUUGCUAGUGUUCACCUCUCAUUAGGUCAGUACUAGGCAGGUAGACAUCUUUACUCCAGACUGUAACUGCUAAGAUCACCAUUAAAGCCUAAAUAAUGAA